UUCAACGAAGGUGGACGUGAAUAUGCGGCAAUCAUGCGCGCAGUUUUCCGAUCGUGAAAUAACGUAGUGUGUUAUAUUUAAUUCAAGUGGGGCCCGUUAGUGUUUUGUUUCGUUUAAAGUGACGUAUGUACAUCGAAUGAUAAAUAAAACAGUUUUUUGUGUAUCGCUGUUAAGUGUGGUUACAGUUGAAAAGUUAUGAGACAUUUUCAAAACUGUUUCAGUAAUAUAACAUUAACGUCGACGAAGAUAUAAUCAACGGAUUGAAGCCAACUCGAAAACGGUCGAACACCUUUAUCCUGAUCAACGUCACUAAUGAAACAAUCUGCUAGCGGAAUAUUGAAGUAGAAGCCAACCGCCUUUAAAACAACAAGAACAAACGACGAAUCAAAAUCAAGCGAAACGAAACCUUAGUACCGAAAACAAAAGAAGAGUUUCCAUAAAUUCAAAUACACAAUCCAAUGGAUCGGCUUGAAAUCGAAAAGGCAAUCCUAGCCUUAUAUCAAUUAGAGCCAUUUCCCGACUGUUAUCAAUUACGUCGUUCGAAAACAAAACGAUUUCACUACGAGCUCAUGCAUCAUACUUGAUUUAGAAAUUAAUUGAUUUUUAAAGGACGGAUAAAAUAAGAAAUUAUCUGGUUACUUAGUGUGAUAAAAAUAAUACACCAAACCUAAUGUAUGGUAAAACCAAGAACACGAAUAAUAUCGCCCCAUUCAGGGAAUCGUAUGGCGACUCAAAAUAAUAACUUCUACUAUCCACGACCUAGCUUUGUUACUUUGUCUUCGUGUAUCUCCAUACUUGUAUCUUUGAUAAUUCAGACCGACUCCGCAUUGGCCUCGUUCGAUUUCAGCAAUUCAACUUUUUCUGGAAUCAAUAUAAGCCCCAAUUCGUCAUUCAAUUGGACUUUAUACGACAGCAACGUGACUGCUGUGAAGCAUUUGCACAUAAAACAUUCGAAGUAUUCUACUUUUGUAACAGUUCUUUUGGCUAUCAUUUUUAUGAUUGUCAUAUUUGGAACUAUUGUUGGAAACAUUCUUGUUUGCGUAGCUGUUUGUUUAGUAAGAAAACUGAGAAGACCGAGCAAUUAUUUGAUAGUUUCAUUAGCUGUCAGCGAUUUGUGUGUCGCUAUUUUGGUGAUGCCUGUAGCAAUGGUAUAUGACCUUCUAGGUACAUGGCCAUUUGGACCACUUAUAUGUGACUUCUGGGUCUCCAGCGAUGUAUUAUCUUGCGCAGCGAGUAUCCUUAAUUUGUGUAUGAUAUCAGUGGAUCGGUACUAUGCAAUAACAAAACCUUUAGAAUAUGGGGUGAAGAGGACACCAAGAAGGAUGCUCUUUUGUGUUUUCAUAGUAUGGAUGAGUGCAGCGUUUAUAUCUCUUCCACCAGUAUUAAUAUUAGGAAAUGAAAAGACAGAUACGUCUUGUUCUGUGUCACAAAACAAAGGCUAUCAGAUUUACGCAACGUUUGCAUCUUUUUAUCUGCCCCUUACUGUAAUGUUGGUAGUAUAUUACAAAAUAUUCAGCGCAGCUAGAAAAAUUGUAAAAGAUGAAAGACGAGCCCAGUCUCAUUUAGAGACGCACUGUUAUUUGGAAAUAAAUGUGAAGAAUGGAGGAGCUGCUGAAGCUAAACUUCUAGAAAGUGGGUCGCAGCAAAACCAAACUAGAGGGUCCACUACUAGCACAAAUACCACAUAUAGUAUUGACAGAACUGAAAGUCAAACAGGAACGCGUCUAAUAGGAAGAAAAUCAAAUGAGUCACAGUGCCCUAUGUUACAAGCUCCAAAAACGCCAACAAAACCUAUUCAUACCAUUAAUAAAUCUUUACAGGGGCCUAAUCCUGACAAUAAUCAAAACAGAGAAUUACGAAGACAGUCAUCUGAAACGAACCAAAAAAUAACAAAGGGAAGAAUACGAUCCUCUUUAUCAAACUUCGCUCAUAAGAGUCAUUUUGCCAAAGACUUAUUGCAUACAUCGUCAACCUCUCCGCAUCAGAAGAAGUUACGGUUUCAAUUAGCCAAAGAACGCAAGGCGUCUACAACUCUCGGUAUAAUAAUGUCCGCAUUUAUAAUAUGCUGGCUGCCCUUCUUUGUUCUAGCUAUUGUAAGACCAUUCGUCAGCGAAGACACGAUCCCAGAUGCUGUGAGCGCUCUGUUCCUUUGGUUAGGCUACAUUAACAGCCUUCUCAAUCCCAUAAUCUACGCAACCCUGAAUAGGGACUUUCGGAAGCCGUUCCAAGAAAUUCUCUUUUUUAGAUGUUCAAAUUUAAAUCAUAUGAUGCGAGAAGAAUUUUACCAUAGUCAAUAUGGAGGACCAGAGCCACAUUACUGCGUCAACAGUUCCACCAAAGUGCAGAAUUAUGAUGAAGGCGUUGAAAUAGUGUCUGCUGUUGAUAAGGAAGAGGCGAAAGCAACUGAAAGUUUUCUAUGAUUGUCAAUAUCCCGGGUCGAUGUUAAAGACCUAGAUUCUGUGAUCUAUAUAAAUAAUAAAAAUCUUUACGAAGACUUUUAAGUAUUAUAAACGUUGUACCAAUCAUACUAGUCUUUGUAGUACACUUUGUAAUAUAAGUAAGAUUAUAGCUUAAGUAUUAUAACAAGAUACCAUGAUGUAAGGCAUUUGUCAGCUUUACCAAAGAAUGUUACUCAGGGAAAACUUAUUAGAUUGUUCUCUAUGACAUUAUCAUAGGGUUUCGGAAUUAUAUUUUAAAUAGUCUCAUCGGCCUAAUUUAAGAUAAGAGUUACACACCAGCUCUUCGAUCUAUCUCCCGAGUGAAAGAAUACAAACCCUUAAUCAAAAUAACUCGUGUAAUAAUCGAAUCAAUCUGUGACUUUCUUCAUAUUUAAUAAACGUAUCGAUUAACAAAAGAAGCUGUCGGUGAUCAUAUAAAAGUUCAGAGGACAAUGUCUGGUCACUAUGGAUCCGAUAGUGAAAAGAUCAUUAUUUCUUAGAUGAAGCUUUAUGCUAGUUUUGGCAUGGGAUUUGCUUGAUUUGACUAAAUACAACUUACUAUUUGGGUCUAUCUUUGUUGGUGGUAAUGUUGUAGUUGGUUUAUUGAUCUUAUCCAGGAUUCUUACCUGUGAGAAGGGUAUUGUUUCCAUCCGUACUAGUUAUAUGGGCAAUGUGCUGAAUACUUUGCUAAUGUAACCAUACCAAUAACAUUUUAAACAUGUAUUCCCGUUGAUUUUAUUUAGCUUGUUCAUCUCAGGUCUGAGUUCUAUCGUAUCGAAUAGAUAGUUCUAUCGUAUCGAUUUUGAGUUUUAACGCUUCUAAAUUUAAAAUGCAAAAUGGAAUAAUAAGACUAUUAAUAUUAAUACAUACGUCCUUCUUUAACAGGUGCGCUUCUCAUUAUUGUUAUAUUCCCUUUGUUAUAUCAAAUUCCAUAGCUGUUGCGCUGUAAACUUCCGACAGACAGUAAUUACGCAAAGGAAGCUGUAACUUCCUGCUUUAUACACGCGCUCACCUACAACAUACAAUGAAAUUCGAAAAUUUACGAGAAUUGAGAAUUUAUGUUAUUGAAAGUGAUCACCACUGCAAAGCUGUCUUUUAAAACAGCAGAUUAUGAUCAAGCUGUCAUUGCGAUAGUGUUAUUGGCAACCUAGCGCAACUCUCUAAAAAAAUCGCUUUCAAAUUAGCCGGACUUCGUGGCCAGUCGCGAUACUGUAAUUACUACUAUUUCAAACUUAUAUCAAAUUACUGCACGAUUUCUACUAAAUUUCAAUUUUUACUUAGGCAGUCCCUCCUCCUAUUAUAUAGUAUCUAUAUCCUCUUUGUUAGUGGUAUAAAAGGCACGGACCUUAAAGCUACAUGCGCGGAGAUUGCAACAUAGAGAAAAAAAUACCGGAGAGAAUGGGAAAAGUUAAACAUGUGUGGUGUAUUUAAACUAAUUUUGCUUAUAUAUAAUAUUGAUAUUAAUUAUUUAAAAGUUGGAUUGGUGGUUAUCACUUACUUGUAGAAAAAAAGGGGGUUUGUGUCUUUUAAUAGGUCUAAUAAACGUCAAAUUUACAAACCGAGGUUUCCUUUUCAAUGGUUUAUUGUUCCGAAGAAUUCUUGAUUCUCUUUACGGCCGUUCCCAAUAUACUAUCUACAGAUAGAGAUACAUUACUACCUUCUACUGUCAGUAAUUAUCUGUCAAUAAUGUAAAGCUGUCCCAAUAUACCCGAUAAGUCAUUUUUGACGCCUUAUAUUGGGACGCGUGAAUUGCAAAUUCCAUACAAACUUUAUAUCGCUGGUAAGCUAUACGUCGUCCCAUUGACAGACAGCGUGCACGGAUAAGGUGAGUUACCAACGAUAGUUACGAUUAUUAUCUCAAGUAAGAGAUUUGAGUUAGUGAAAUCAUUGACCUUGAAUGUUUAUUUCCUUAUUUUAUUUAAUAGUAAUUCCGAAUGUCAUGUAGAAAUACCUAUUAAGUUUUCCCUAGGUUUUGGGAGAUUUUUGUAUAUUUGUAAAUAUAAUCAAUAGAUAAAAUGACUAUGUAUAGCGAGUUAUAUUAUACAUGUGAUAGUAGAUAUAGUUGUUGGUUUUGUUUGUUCAUUCAGAGUUUAUUUUCAUUUUUUCGUGACAUUAUUGUAAGUCACAUAUGAUUCAAAGAUUCUUUGUUCACCAUUGGAGAAACUAAGCGAUUGAGUGACUUGUGUACUCCUACUUUCUCCCGAGUGAUACAUAGUUUAAAAUAAAAACAAUUAUAAUAUAAGCAGAUGAAUUGCAAAUGUCUAUUUUAAGAAACCUUGAUGCAAGUCAAACUUUUAUAAAAAUAAAUCUAUGGAUAUAACGCUUCGUUACUCCUUCAUAAAAUAAAUAUAUAAUGUUAUAAAGAAAUCUUUGUCACAUGUGGGGUUCGAACCCUCGCCUAAAAUAUGUCACCUUAGACCACUCUGCCAACUCGACAUUUAAGCAGUAGUUGAAAUUAAUGACUCAAUACCCUACUCCUCGGCCAGCUGUAAUGUGACAUACGAUAGAUGGAAAAAUUUAAGGAUAUAAUGAAAGUUUCACUGUAAAACCAUUUAGGCUGAUUCAUAGCUUGUAUUUAAAUUGAAACAAUGUAAACCAGACCUAAUGACUACAUAGACAUGUAAUCUGUAGGUAAAUAGCCUCAGAAAUUACAAGUUUAGUUGUAUUCUCUGUGGUCUAUGAUAUUAUGAUUCAUUACUCUGUGUAACAAAAGCCCGAACUGUUUUGACGUGUACCUACGAGUAUCUCUUUAAAAAAUUUACACGCAAUUAAAUAUAUUAUCCUCUUGUUGCUUUUUAAUCAAAAACCCAUCAGUAAAUAGCCAGCAUUGUAGUCCGUGAAGUUAAUUAAUAUUAGCCAAACCAAGAAUUAAUCUAACACAUUUUCUACCUGCAUAUUUAUUUAUUUAUUUAUUUAUUGCUCCAACAGGGUGAAUACCAAUACAAUUCCUUAAGAACUAACACAGAUAUAACAAUUUAAGUGACACCCCAAUUAUAGGUGCAAAUUGAGAACAAUUAACAAACGAACACAAACAGAGUUUUAGCAAAAUUAAUAAGCAAUAAAUAUUAAAAAAAAUGUAUUUCAAAAUUUUAAAUUAAAUAAAACUAUGAGAAAUUAAAUUUAAAUUAAAAUAAAUUAAAGUCCUAUGGAAAAAGAGCUCAUCAAAUAAAUCAUUGUUAACAUAAGAACUAAAACGAUUACAAUUGCAAAAUUAGACAUAUUACACAUAUUAGCGAAAGCUAGUACGUAACAGAGUGUGAGGACAUAACAGAGUGCUGUAUUUUUCUUUUGUAGCUAUGAUAUGAUAGAUAUAUACAUAUUACUAUAUGAUAUGAUGAUCAUAUAGUAAUAUGAAUCCACUUUCCAAAAAGAUGUUGCAUAAUAAUAAUAGUUUAUGUGAUUGUACAAAUUUUCUGGCAGCUAUCAUAGUUUUUAUUAAUUCAGUUACAAACUGGAGUCGGCCCCAACUAUCAUAUCUUACUUAUCGAUAUCUUACUUACGUGCAGCGUUUGUCAAAUUUGUUUGCAAAUUGAUAUUUCAUUUCGAACUAAAUGUCAUCGCGACUGAUAUUAGAAUAGAGGUCAAAUCAAAUUUCUUUGUUUUUCAGAGAUGUUCGAAAUGUAAAUGAAAUAAUAUUAUCGAUAUCGAUGUUUAUUUAGCAAUACUAACAUUUUUACAGAUAAUAAAUUUGUUCUAACAAAUCAUUUUCUGUUUUGGUGCUCAUAAUGAGUGGGGUCCAUCUCAUCAUGGACUGUUUAUGAUAUUUGAGUAUUUAAAAUAAUACAAUUAUUUAUAAACAAUCUUCUAUUAAUACGAGCAAUACGAUAAAGAGAUACAAAAUUGGCACUGCCGUAACAUUAAUUUAAUGUAAAUAUAUAUUAUGUGUGUUAAUAUUAUUUAUUUAUACAUAGCAAACAAAUGUUACAUUUUAAAACGCUUGAAAAUCUUCCUUGAUUAUAAAUUAUAUGUAAUAAUGAUGGACUAAUACUGUUAAACUUUGUAAAGAAAUAUUGUUACUAAUAUUUUGUUUGAACAAUUAAUUUGAACAUAUGAUGAUUUAAUUUAUAAGAAACUAGCUGACCCGGCAGACUUCGAACUGCCUCAAUCGAUAAAUAAAAGACCUAAACUUUUGUAUAAUAACAAUUAAAACAAACAAAAGCAAACCCUUUUAAUUACAGAAAAUAUUGUUAUUUUCAAUUUAUUACACAUGAUGUUGCUUACUUACAAAACAGAGUUAAGCUUGCUAAAUUAAGUUUGCUAAAAUUAAGUUUAUUUUUUACCUCCUGAGAAAGUCAGAAAGAUAUAAAAAUUCUAAUUAGCUAUUCAUUUUAAACUAUUAUUUUAAUUUGAUUUCUGAACGACGGGGGACACAUCAAAGCAAAAUCAAAAUCGUUGUUUUUAUUUGAUUCCGAGUAUUCUCAUAUUUAUUCAUACCUUUUCUGGACUUACACAAUUAAUUUAAGACCAAAAUCAGCCAAAUCGGUCCAGCCGUUUUGGAGUUUUAGCGAGAUUAACGAACAGCAAUUCAUUUAUAUAUAUAGAUAAGUGACAUUGACGUGUAUUAUUGGAUGUACGACCUUUUGUUAUAAAAUAUUACGAUUUAUAUGUAAGUUUAAUUGUAAAUAAUGUUAAUAAUAGUAACUGUAAUUUUAACAUUGUGCAUUGUGUAGAAUACUUAAGAUAAUUUAAUAUUAUGAGUAUAACAGAUACCGUGGGGAAACUACGCUUGACACAAUGACACUUCAAAUUGAUGUAUUUAAAUAUAAAUAUCUAAAUUCUUGGUAGUUCCUUCAAUAGAAUAAUUAAAUUAAAAUAAACAUCGGUUUUUUGUAAAAAUUCUAUUAUUAAUUCGUAAACUAGAGAUAGCGCAAAUACAUAGAUUGUUGCGUUUGUUUCGGUUUUUGUAGGAAAUGGUGACAUAAUAGGGGACCUUAUAUAUGUCCUAAUUAUUAAGUACGUGUAUAUUUAUUCAUACUGUGAAAUCAAAUGUCUAUAUGUAGGCACAGACGAGUAAAAAAAGAAGGACUCCGCGCCGUGAUAUUAGCAAGUGAAGCACUGUUAUCCUAGUGUGUGUGUGGUUACGGGGAUACUAGUUACACAAUUUUUUCUCCCUUAAAUAAUCAUAUAUGGCCACAAAUACUUACAUAGUAUCGUUUUUUCACUUUUUCACAACGCACGAUGGCAUUUUUAAAAUAUUUUAUAGAGACACAAACUGAUCUGUCACAGACGAUGACAAUUCUCAUAAUGGCCGCCUAUCGGCCUGUAGUAGUGUAAGUGUGAGCGUGGAGCUAUGUAUUUACACAUUAAUCGGCUUGUUUCGAUGCUACACUGUUAUGUAAUGUGUCACGGAGUCCUUAUUUUUUACUUGUCCCUGUGUGUAGGAUUUAUAAUAAAAUAUGCAUAAAUAUGGGUUUGUAAUUUUUUUUUUAUUUAUAUUAUAAUUUAAUCUGGUAGUUUUUAACUCCGUACAGUGUCAUAUUUGAUAAUAAAUACUUUAUCGUUUUGUUAAAUAUUUUUAAAAUGUUUUAUUAUUUAUUAUAAACGUAGACAAUUAACUUGUAAUCUUCAAAAGUCUAUAAAUAAUAAAAUGUACAAGAUAAUUUAAGAAAGUUUUAUAUUUCUAUUAAAAUCGUUCCUAUGAAAGAUUUUGGCUCAUUUUAAUAACAAAUUGAUGUAAAAAUCAGGUUUCUUAUGUAAAGAAAUAAAAUAAUGGCAAUACCCAACUAUUUAUUCUGUGUAAUAUAUUAUAUCUUAUUAUUAAGACUCGUUUGAUGUUUAAUUAAACCAACAAAUUUUAUUAGCCGUUUAGCCAUCAGACUUAAGUAUUGUCCGAGCAAUAUCACAGAAUAAAGAGGUAUAGUAUAUAUACUCAGGACGUAGCUGCAUUGGAUUCGUAACACAUUGAUAAGUUACUUAAUAUGUUAUUUUUAAAGAGAUAUACCUCACAUCUGGGAUAAAUAAUACAAAUAAAAAUUGUAACCAAAAUUAAUGAACAAGAUCUACCAAAAUUUACGACUCAAACGUUUGGCUCAGUUGGCAAGAGUGCUCGGACGGAACUGGUCGCGGGUUCAAGUGCCGCAUCGAUUAUAAAUUUUGGUUACAAAUUUAAUUUUUUCAAUCAUAGAUUAGUUUACUCACAAUAUGAUCAACUCGUAGAAAAUUUAUUGAAGUAGGCGUUACUUUGCGGAAAUCCAUAAAUUUAAUUUUUAAUUAUACAAAUGAUUUAAGUUUUCUUUAGUGUUAAUUCCGCCAAUAUUUGUUUUUAAACAAUUCGACACGUGUUUCGCCUCUACACGAGGCAUCCUCAGGACGUGUUGUCUCGCCAAAAUCUGGCACGAGACAAAACAAAUAUUGGCGGAAUUAACACUAAAGAAAACUUAAAUCAUUUGUAUGAUCAACUCGUAUUUAAUUACUGGGUACCUACUUAGGGCUGAGGCGCACAAAUUAGGAAGCAAUAUUAUCAUUAUUAUGCGAGUGUGCGAGUAAUCUGAGAAUGUUAAAGCUUCCUUUAAACUCGCACGAUGACAGAAGAUAGAACUUUCUAGCAACAUAAACACACAUAGACUGUAUAUAUCUUCGGAGUUUCACAAUAAAUUCACACAAAUAUGUGACAUCAAUGUAAUGCACCUUUAUCUUAGGCACAUAUAAUCCGAAUUGUUCUGUUAUCUUACUUAUGACAUUAAGAUUCUUAUUGUGCAUGUUUUCUUUGAAUCUUGCGUUAAUAUUUCUGUAAAUAAUUUAAUCUAGUUUAGAAGUAAUUUUUGCGGCAUUCUUUGUCAGUUUCGCCAAUAAUUUGUACCUUGCAGUAUUUUGGCAAUGAUUUAUUAUAUAAUUAUCAAUCCUUGAUGUAUUACGUUCAGUGAAAUAAAAAGCUAAGAUGGAAUUAAUAUGAAAAUUGUAUUAUACUUUUUUACAUCUGUUUUUAAUUUUAUAUAUUGUGUAUAAAGUAGACACGUAAUAAUUGUUAUUAAACGAUGUGUAUUUUCUUGUGUAGAUUCAGGUGAUAAAUAAAGUUAGACUUUGGU